UCUCUCUCUCUCUCUCUCUCUCUCUCUCUCUCUCUCUCUCUCUCUCUCUCUGGUGCAUGCUGGGAGUUUGUGAGCGAGCGUGGCGUGUGAGCGUGGUGUGAGAGUGAAUGAACUUUUUUCUAUCUUUAUAUAGAUAUAUUUCUUUCUUUACAAUUUGGAACUUCAGAGCACAAUCACUGGGUGAGCGUGUGAUAGUAUUAUCAAGGAAGCGGUGUUAUUGUUUUUUUUUUUUUUUUUUUUUUUUUUUUUUUUUGCUGCGGGGAGUGUUUGAUCUUGUGGCGGGGUGUAGGGAUGGCGGCUCACCUGAGCGGUGGAGCACGGCCUCUCUCACUCCGUCACGGGGUGCGGUGUGAGGUGAGCUCCGAGGUCUCGCUGGAGCAGGUGCUAAUGGCGGUAGGGGAGCUUAUUAAAUGUGAAAACAUUGUGGCGGCAUCGAGAAUGAACAAGGCCGUGGUUAUGUUCGUGAAGGAGAGGGAACUCGUGCACCAGCUGGCUGAAAACGGAAUAAAGCGCUUUUCCUUACUGGGUCGCCGGGAACCUGGAGCCAAUCCCAGGGAGCGUGGAGCACAAGGCAGGGUACACCCUGGACAGGGUGCCAGUCCAUCAAAGGGCACACUCACAUACACACUCACACACCCAUUCAUACAUUUGGACAUGCUAAUCCGCCUACCACGCAUGUGGAAACCGGAGUACCUGGAGGAAACUCCUGCAGCACCAAAUCAUCCCCCAACCCUGGAAGUGUGAGGCAAAUGGUUGCGGGGAAUCCUGGAGCCUAUCCCAGGACCAUCGGGCACAAAACAGGGGACACCCUGGACAGGGUGCCAAUCCAUCGCAGGGUACACAAUCACACACCCAUUCAUAUACUACGGACACUUUACACACGUCAAUCAGCCUACCGUGCAUGUGUUUGGAAACUGGGGUAGCCGGAGGAAACCCCCGCCGCACGGGGAGAACAUGCAAACCCCACACACACAUGGCCCCGGUGGGACUCGAACCCCAGAUCCUGGAUGUGUGAUGCGAACGUGCUACGCUGUUGUUGUUAUAAUUGUUAUAAUUAUUAUUGUUGUUGUUGUUGUUAAUAUUGUUGUUGUUGUUAUUGGUAUUAUUGUUGUUGUUGUUACUAUUGUUUUUAUUAUUGUUUUUAUUAUUAAUAAUAAUAGUCAUUGUUGUUAUCGUUAUUAUUAAUAUCGAUAACAAUUAUUAUUAACUAACAAUAUUAUUAUUAACAAUAUUAUUAAUAAUAACAGUCACAAUAAUAAUAAUAACUAUAAUAAUAAUAUAAAAAAUUAAAAUAAUUUUAAAAAACAGUAAUAACAAAUUAAUAGCGAUAAUAAUUAUCGCUAUUUUUUGUUAUUACUGUUGUUAUUGUUAUUAUUCAUAUUAUUACUAUUGUUUUUAUUAGUAUUAUUAUUAUUAUUAAUAUCGAUAACAAUAACAUUAUUACCAAUAUUAUUAUUAUUAAUAAUAACAAUAAUAACUAAUUAAAAUAAUUUUAAAAAACAGUAAUAAAAUUAUAAUAAUAGCGACAAUAAUUAUCGCUUUUUUAUUAUUGUUACUGUUAUUACUGUUAUUAUUGUUAUUAUUGUUGUUAUUAUUGUUGUUGUGGUGGUGGUGGUGGUUGUUGUUAUAAUUUGGAAAGUUAAGCCCUAAGUCACUUGAAACAACCAACCAGCCAUUUCCUAAUAAAACUUCAUAUUAAUGAAUAUGACAGUUGGUGCUCACACCAAA